AUGGCUGCCACUACGACAGGGGAGCAAAUCUCGGCUAUCGCCUACCAGCUUGAGCCUUUGACCCCGAAGGGCCUGGGGCCAGCCGUCGAGUUCAUCGCCAUCGUUUUCGGGAUCGUUUGUGUGAUUGUGGUCGGCCUUCGAAUCUACGUCCGCGCUGGGCUCUCGGGGGCGUCGACAAGACUAUGGGGUGUCGAGGACUGGCUAGCAGUGAUCGGAACAGUACCCUUCAUACCGGCGGUCGUCUUUGCGGUGUACGCCUCACGAUAUGGAGUCGGCUCCCACGAUGCCGAUAUCCCUUCCCAGCUUUACCUGAUUCGCGCUUCCGAAUAUCAAACAUACUGGGAAGUUCUCUACUUCAUCUCGUCAACGAUAAUCAAAUGCGCCAUCGGCUUUACUUGCGUACGCUUGGAUAGAAGGAAGCGAGUGACAGUCAUUAUGGGCAUCAACAUGGCGGUUAUGGUGAUUGUUGCGAUUCUCGCUUUGGUGUUUGUUUUCGCAAACUGCACUCCACUUGCCGCAACAUGGAACCCCGCGUUGGGAACAUGCCAGAAGGUUAUCAGCCUGCAGACUGUCAGUUAUAUCGUCUCUGCCAUCCAGAUGAUCACGGACUGGACUUGUGCAAUUAUCCCUUUCUUCAUCGUUGCGGGACUGCAAAUGUCCCAGAGGAAGAAGGUCUCCGUCUGCGCCAUUCUCGGUCUCGGUCUGUUUGCCAGUAUUGCGACUGUCAUCAGAAUGCCAUACCUCAAGUACUACGACACCGCCAAGUACCCAACGGAGAUUGGAUACCACCUCGGCGUUAUCAGUAUUACCUCCAACCUCGAGUGCGCGUUGGGAAUUAUUGGAUGUUCUCUGCCGCCAUUGCGAAAACUGUUCAAGUUUUACUAUGGCUCAUCUCACGAUGGCAAUUACAAAGUGUCAGGCGGGUGA